CCACAAUCAAGAUGGCGUCCUGCGAGAAGCGGCGCUCCGCUCCGGCCCCGGCGACUGGGAGCGGGCUCGUGGAGCCGGUUCGGGCGGGAGCCGGAGCCCGGGAGCCGGAGAGCGAGGCCGAGUUCCUGCUCCAAUCUGGGGUGACGUCCAUGGUGCGGGAGGCGCUGCUGAAGGUGCUGGAGGCGCGGCCCGAGGAGCCCGUCUCCUUCCUGGCCAGUUACUUCGAAAAGCUGGUGCUGAGCGGCCCCCAGGGCGGUGCAGCCGGGGACCGGCACGGGCAGCAGCAGCGCCUCGUCCGGGCCCUGUGGUACGUGCGCCUGGCCCACCAUUCACACAGGACUGCCUUUAACAACAACGUCAGCAUGGCUUACGAGUGCCUGAGUGCCAGAGGCAGGAGAAAGAAGCCAGGAGUCAAUGGGAGAAUCUACAGUGAGUUGCUCAAAAAGAUCUGUCAAGAUGGGGAAGCCCCUGAAGAGGUUGUUUCUUUUUUGCUGAGGAAGAUCCAAUGCCGGGACCAUGAGGCAGUGCCUUUUGAUGUCUUCCGUUACGGGGUGCUCAGCUGCUUCGUGCUUCUUGAGUUUGUCGCCAAGGCUGAUACUUUGUACAAUGUACUUGAUGAUGGUUCUGGCGUGGCGGAUAAAAGGGUUUGCCAGGCAGUCCUGGACACUCUGGAAGACGCUCUCGGAGCCAGCGACUUCUCUGUCCCCAUCCAUUACUUAGAGGCUGGCUCCAAGCUGGGACCAGACUAUUUGGCUUUGGCCAUGGACAAAGCAUUGCUAGAGAGGAAGAUUUGCUUCUCCAUGAACAGGGAAGAGUUUCUAAAGAAAGCCACAGCCCUAUUCAUUGCAAAAGUAAAACCCAUUGACUGAUGGUCUCCAGUGGGGACAACAUUUCCUGUGUUAGGGCUUCAAAUGAAGCAGAUUAUUCUGGGGAAACAUCAAAUCCUGGGACUUCAGGUGGCCACAGAGGGAGCAAGGUGGGCCUGCCAGUUCUUGUCCUUGCCUGAAGAGCUCUGGAUCUACUUGACUAGAGAAUGCUUGUCUUAAAUUUCCUAUUCACCUCCUAACUCCAUCCUGAACACCUUAAAUUCCAGCCACCUGUAGCAUUUCAUCUGCUGGCUUAUAUAUCCACAACUGAGAACCUCCCUUUUAAAAAUGUUUUAUUUCCAAUAGCUAUUGUAAACCUCUGCUUAUAGCUUGGGGAACAUCCAGGGAAACCCAGGAAUUCCAGGGCAGUGCUAGAAACUAAAAAUGAGCCAUUGUGGCCUGAGCACAGGACUUGGAGUUAGGGACUUCUGAGCUGUGGUCCUGCUCUGCCACUGAUAUAUUUUGUAACUUUGGGCAAGUCACUUAGGUUUGUUUUCCUGUUUAUAAAAUGGAGGUAAGACCUUCAGAGGAUUAUGCUGAGGCAUAACAGGUAAAUGCAGCACUUGGAGGAUUUAAAGUGCUAUUUCAGUGUUAUUAAUUAAGUGAUGUCAUUUUGUUAAAUAGGUAAGAUGAUGAAUAUCUGGCAAGAAAUGAGAAUUCAUCAAAAGCAGAGAUCAUACGUGACUGGUAAUCUGUAAAGCAAAACUGUGGUAUAUUAAAGAUUUGCUAGUAAGUUUGGAAUUUAAACACCUGAUAAUGAAGCAAAAACAGGAAGCAAAAACAUUCUAAUUCCCUUCUGGGCUAAUACACCUUGCUAUGUUUACUUCAACUGGCGAUGCUGGUUGGACCAUACCUUAUUUAUUUGUGCGUUUAGAUCUAUGAUUAUUCAUGCAAUGCAAUGAUUUGUUUGUUAGAGGACAUUAAACUGUUUAAACUUUUA